UGGGAAGCUAGAAGGGGGAAGCUGUGGGAAUUCCUCCUAGACCGGGGCGAACGGUGACUGUGACUCCAGUCAGAAAGCUCUCCAUAUCACGCGACCGACCUCACCCUCACCCCCAACAAAAUCCUUAAUUUUAGUCAUGGGAAAAUAGCAGAGUGGAAGGCCGUGGCCUGCUCCUCCUCUCUAAAAGCCCUCAGCCUGGAUUCGGCUCUUCAGCGGACCCUAGUAUUUGAGGGUACAACAUUCAAGGUCAAGGUCGGGCAGCGGCUGUUGAGGGCGCAUCGGGUCUCCGGACACCUCGGUUUCCUAACCGAGAAGUGUGCGCCCUGCAAAUUGGGGGGCUUAGUCUCGGGGAAGGGUUUCUCUCCACUUAGCGUGAACGUUUGGGGCGAAAGGACCCUUCCCCUUCCCCCUCCCCCUGCGCGGACUGAGCGCUCUGGCCUCAAUGGGUCCGCAACUUCCCCUCCUGGUGGCGGCGCUGGCCGGCUGCCUGCUUCCUGCCCGGGGCUGUAUCCUAUGUGCUGCAAAAGUCGUGGAGGCGCUAAAAUCCUUGGAGACGGAUUACCUGCCCGGCCGCCUGGCGGCCGAUCGUCACCGAAGCUUUAUGCAAAGGGUAAAACAAGCCGUGAUGGAUUUCAAGGACCUGCCAAUUGAAGAGGAUUCCUAUAUGGGGGUUAUCGAUAAGCCCACACUGGAAAAGGCAUCCUGGAGUUUUCUGAAGGAUUUGAGACGUAUCACAGACAGUAAUGUAAAAGGUGAACUUUUCGUGAAGGAGAUGUACUGGAUGUUGCACCUGCAAAAGGAUAUGUUUGCCCGCUUUGCAGCUCAGUUCCAAAAAGAGGCUUUUUGUCCCAACAAAUGUGGUAUGAUGUUGCAGAGUCUGAUCUGGUGCAAUACCUGCCAGAAGCAGGUUCACACUUGUCGAAAGAGCUCUGAUUGCGGGGUGCGCCUAGUCAUAGUCCAUGAAAUGGAAGACUUGAUCCUGAACUGUGAGCUCAGCUGGCAUCGACUCUCUCAAGGCCUGACCGAUUACAGCUUUUUCAGGGUUUGGGGGAAAGAUUCUGAGACCUUGCUGUCCAAGGGGAAAAAUUCCACCCUGAUCAAGACCGCGGUGACUGCAGAGGAUGCAGGUGUCUACCGCUGCAGUUUGGACAGUGUGCGAUCCAUCCCAGCCACGAUCAUCUUUUAUCAAGUCAAAGUGUUGCCCGGAAGGAUCUCUGAAGAGCUACCGUCAAACAUCAGCCAGGGUGGGCAGGCCCCAGGUCAGGGGGAUUCAACCAUUCAGCCUACGCCGACGCAGUGUCCGAAGUCUGAGAACGUGCUGAGAGGCCGUCUGAUAGGACUGCUGAUCUGGGGCUUUGUGGUGCUGAUAAUCGGCUUUACGACCGCGAUACUUUGCUUUCGACCUGAGAAGGUGAUCAAUUCCAUCAAGUCCUGUUUCGACACCAAGAAGGAGCCUGCCAAGCAGCCCCAGGUUCCAGAGGAAAAAGCCACACCAUCAAGGCCGAAAUAAAG